AUGCUAGCUAAUUACCCUAGUUUCCCCUAUGCUGAAGAUGAAAACCAGGCAUAUGCGCAACAAAUGAGCUCCACAUGGAAGUUUUAUUUACCCGAAGACUCCAGACCUCACGGUCUAAUGAUCGAUUCCGUGGUGAAAAGAAUGCCCUGGACUGCCGACUUCUCGGUCGCUUCCAAGGAGAGACAAAUCCGUCUGCUCCGCCCGGAAGGCGACAACUGGCAGAAAAAAUGCACCCAGAUCCUUGACUAUCAAGUCCAGCUUGCCAGGGAGAAGGGCGCAUUCCCGAAGCUUGGGAAGCAUCGUGGAGAACAAUUUCCUAUAGUAGGUGCCAAGUUUCCCGUGGGAAUAGACCGGUCUGCCUUCUCUUUGUUUGGGCUGGUUGGUCGUGGGGUCCACAUGACCGCGUAUACGCAGCAAGGCCAUGAGUACAGGUUCUGGGUGCCGCAGAGGAACUUGGAAAAGUCAACAUAUCCUGGUAUGCUGGAUAAUACCGUCGCUGGGGGGAUGGCUAUCGGGGAGGAGCCAUUCGAAUGCCUCAUUCGCGAGGCAUCGGAGGAGGCUGGUAUGUCUGAGGAGCAGAUUCGGAGGGACACCCUAGCAGUGGGCACUGUCACCUGGAUGAAUAUCAGUGAUGAGAGAGCUGGGGGCGAGUCUGGGCUAAUAAACCCGGGGGUCCUUUUUGUCUAUGAUCUCCAAGUUAGCGAGAGUGCAACUUUCAAGCCCGUGGAUGGUGAUGUUCAAGCGUUCCAUUUAAUGAAUACUCACGAUGCAAAGGUGGCGAUGUUAGAUGGAAAGUUCAAACCAGCGAGUGCCAACGUUCUGUUGGACUUUAUGGUCCGGCACGGUCUGAUCACUGCAGAGGAGGAGCCGGCCUACACGGAGAUUGUGUCUCGAUUGCAUCGAAAGUUGCCACUUUCGACGAUAUCUUUGAGCCCCCAAUAA